GUCUUAACAAGAAGAGAAGGCUUCAAUGGAUUCUCUUGUGGUCCUUGUGCUCUGUCUCUCCUGUUUGCUUCUCCUUUCACUCUGGAGACAGAGAUCUGGGAGAGGAAAACUCCCUCCUGGCCCCCCUCCUCUCCCAGUCAUUGGAAAUAUCCUAAAGAUAGGUGUUAAGGACGUCAGCAAAUCCUUAACCAAUCUCUCAAAAGUCUAUGGCCCUGUGUUCACUCUGUAUUUUGGCCUGGAACGCAUGGUGGUACUGCAUGGAUAUGAAGCGGUGAAGGAAGCCCUGAUUGAUCUUGGAGAGGAGUUUUCUGGAAGAGGCCAUUUCCCACUGUUUGAAAGAGCUAACAGAAGAUUUGGAAUCGUUUUCAGCAAUGGAAAGAGAUGGAAGGAGAUCCGGCGUUUCUCCCUCAUGACGCUGCGGAAUUUUGGCAUGGGGAAGAGGAGCAUUGAGGAUCGUGUUCAAGAGGAAGCCCGCUGCCUUGUGGAGGAGUUGAGAAAAACCAAGGGCUCACCCUGUGAUCCCACUUUCAUCCUGGGCUGUGCUCCCUGCAAUGUGAUCUGCUCCAUUAUUUUCCAUAAACGUUUUGAUUAUAAAGAUCAGCAAUUUCUUAACUUGAUGGAAAAGUUUAACGAAAACGCCAAGAUUUUGAGCAGCCCCUGGAUCCAGAUCUACAACAAUUUUUCUCCUAUCAUUGAUUAUUUCCCGGGAACUCAUAACAAAUUACUUAAAAACGUUGCUUUUGUGAAAAGUUAUAUUUUGGAGAAAGUAAAAGAACACCAAGAAUCGAUGGACAUAAACAACCCUCGGGACUUUAUUGAUUGCUUCCUGAUCAAAAUGGAGAAGGAAAAGCACAACCAACAGUCUGAAUUUAAUAUUGAAAACUUGGAAAACGCUGCAGUUGACUUGUUUGCAGCUGGGACAGAGACGACAAGCACAACCCUGAGAUAUGCUCUCCUUCUCCUGCUGAAACACCCAGAGGUGGCAGCUAAAGUCCAGGAAGAGAUUGAACGUGUGAUUGGCAGAAAUCGGAGCCCCUGCAUGCAGGACAGGAGCCACAUGCCCUACACAGAUGCUGUGGUGCAUGAGGUCCAGAGAUACAUUGACCUCCUCCCCACCAGCGUGCCCCAUGCAGUGACCUGUGACGUUAAAUUCAGAAACUAUCUCAUUCCCAAGGUAAGUUUGGUGUUGACCUUGGCCACAUCAAUGUCAUAGAGCUUCUUCACAGCCUGUUUCAUCUGGUGCUUGUUGGCUUUAACAUCCACAAUGAACACAAGUGUGUUGUUGUCUUCUAUCUUCUUCAUGGCAGACUCAGUGGUCAGUGGAAACUUGAUGAUAGCAUAGUGGUCAAGCUUGUUUCUCCUGGGGGCGCUCUUCCGAGGAUAUUUGGGCUGCCUCCGGAGUCGCAGUGUCUUGGGCCGCCGGAAGGUGGGUGACGUGCAGAUCUUCUUUUUUUUGUGGCUGUGGACACCUUUCAACACUGCCUUCUUGGCCUUUAAAGCCUUCGCUUUGGCUUCGGCUUUAGGAGGGGCAGGAGCUUCCUUCUUCGCUUUCGGCG